UAAGAUAGUUAUUCCAAGUGCAGAUGUUUCCCACUUGUAUGAAUGGAUGCUGGGUGUCCCCUGCUGCUUGCAUGUGUGCAUAUUAUGCUUGACACUAAUAUUGUACUUGAUGAGUGGCAGGAAGUCAGUACUGAAGUUGAACUCUUAUUUUCUAGCAGCUGGGCUCAAGAUCCUUGGUGUGCCUUCUGCAGUUCUGGCUGCGCUCUUCAAGUUCUUCAAGGAAGAAAGUGCCUUCAAACACCUGUGCACCUGGGAAUCCAGGCAUCUGCUUCACUUCAGAAGAAGCAUUCAUGAUUCAUUUCAAGAAGACUUGAGCAGGAAGAACUGAGCUUCAGGUAUACCGCAGGUACCUUGCAUUGCAGAUGGGUUAGAAGAGAGAAGAGCUGCUUCAUGGGAUUUUAUCACAUUUUUCCUGAAAGUCCCACACACAGGUGAGUCCCCACAAUAUUUAGAAGCCAUUUCCCAACCUUUUUAAUGGAAUUGAAUCAGAACCCCUGAUGAUGUGGAAGAGCCAUAAUUAGUUUGGAUGUUAAUCAUGUAUUUCGUUCCUGAGCUCAUUGCUCAAUCCAACCAUUCGACCUUGAGUAUGUGAGCUUCUCAAAUCACAGGCAGUGCUCUUGCUUUGUGAGAACAUCACCCUGAUUCAGUGAGCCUGAUGCAGGCUGCAGCCACUCAGUGUUCUUGUGAAGGCCUAUUUGUGUGACUGGUCUCUGGCAUCCUUGUCCAGCCCUGCUUAGAGUAGGGGGUUAAGGGUCCAGGCAGGUACCCUGUUACUCUUGACCUCCAUUGCCAUUGGGCCUCUCCAGUGUCCCUGGACUACAGCCUGCUCUUGUGGCCUGGGCUCAGUGAAUCUGAGGUUUGGAAUCCCACUGUGUGUCCAGAUUCCAGGCCCUCCAGGAGCCUUAUAACUGGUACAACCUUUCUUAAUUUUGUUUGGGAGAAUUCUCCCACCCAUCCUCCUCCAUUCUUAUCACACAUUUUGUAACUUCACACUUGAGGACCUUUAUUCAUUGACUUAGUUCUCAGUGAUGAUGGUUGCUAAGACUUUGUCGCUCAUUCAAGGUCAUACCACUUGCAUGGUAGGUCUAGAGCACUAAUCUUCCUAAUAUAGUUUGCAGGACUCUCUCAUUUAGGCUAUGACUGCCUCUGAAACACACACACUACAUUUGGAGUGUCAAAACUCUUAAUAUUGUUUCUUUGGCAAGUAUGCAUUCUCUUCCAAUUUGGAAUGUCUUAAACAUUCCCAUUUGGAUGUUUGUAGAGGUAAUGCAGGAGAAAUUUCAUUUAAAAUAUAGAAAACACAAAAAUAACAGUCCUAUUUUUUACACUAAGCACCUGUAAUUAAAAUCCCUUUUUUGUGCUUCUAUCAGUUGCUCCUUUGAACUUUUGCAGAAAAAUUUGCUGGAGUGCAAGGUCUCAAGAAAUAAAUGUCAAUCAUUCUGUGUUUUGAAGUGAAGAAUGUGUUCAGGAUGUGAAUGCUUUCCAGCCAAUGCCCAUUAAUGGCUUCAUCACAGGUCAAUCAGAGGGUUCUCUCGGGUAAACUGUUUUAUAUCAGUAACACAGGCACCAGCCCCUGCAGUGUGUGCCUAGCCAUUUCCCCACGUGGGCUGACUUGGCACUUUUCAUUCCUCAUGACUGACACUGUGUAGUCAUUUGAGUGUGUCUGUGGCCCAGAUGUGAUCUGUGCGGCCAUCAUGCUACAGUCCUGGUGCAGGCAGGCCCUAGGCUGCUCCAACAAACCCUGCAAACUAGGUGCCAUACAGCAGAAGAGAGGUCUUCUGUCUAGUUCCAGAGGCUCCAGGCAAGAAGUGUGGGCUCUCCCAGUGCCACAGUCCCUCACAGGGUUCCCAGGUAGUGUUCUCCCCAACUCUCCCAGCUCAUUCCCACUAUCCUGCUACUGCCCACAAUCUGUUUUCCUUUCUGGGCCAUCCAGUCUCUGCUUCAAACCUCAAACAGCCUGUUUACCCCAGCCUUUCUGGGUCUCUUUGUCCAAACUCCCAUUUCUACAAGAAUUGCAGACAUUGGAUUUGGGACCUGUUUAAACUGUGUUCCUUCAUGUGACCUCUCCUUAGCUUCAUCAGUGUGUAAAGACUGUUUCCCCACAAACUAGCACCCACUUUUGGGUGAACGAGAAUUUUCAGGGGACACUCUUCUCUCAAGUACACUGGCCUUAUUUCAGAGCUCUCCAAACUGAGACUUCCUGGUACCCCUUGUCCUUAUUGGUGUCAUGGUAGGUUUCAUCUUCCUGACUGAGAGGAUCUAGUGACCUGGCAAUUCACUCUCUCUGAAAACAGCAACACUCUGCAGUGUUCCCCAAGGGCUCUGCAGAGCUUUGCAUUUGAGCUACUCUCUGACGUGUGCAACAUGUCCUAGAAAAUGGACUGACCCCCUCCUGCCUGAAAGCCCAAUGCUUGAUACCCUUUGAAGUGGGAACUUGAAGACAUGAUCAGGCCAUGGAGUCUCCUCAUUUGGGAAGGGGCUACUCAAAGAAAUCCUUGUUCCUGUUUUACCUUCUGCCACAGGAGGACACAAGAAGGUUUUCAGAUGGUGAAAAUGAUCUGUUUCUGAACACGGAUGAGCCCUGUGGGAUAGAGACGCUUGAAGGUAACAGAGAGGCAGAGCUCAUGAACCAGCUGGUGCCUGUCUUUUUUGGUAGGAACCCCGACUGGGGCAGCACCUUCAGGUCUAUUUACUCAGCUUUCAUCACCAGCCAGCAGGUGCUGGAGCUGCUCUUCCCAAGUGCCGUGCCCAUCAACCCGGGUACCUGGAUGGAGCAGUACAGCGAGGCUUUCCAUCAGCCUCUAGGCCUCAUGAUUCUCCAGCUGCUGCUGCCUUACCUUCAACUGUACAUGGGUGGCUUGAAUCUGGAGCGCCAAGCACACCACCUGCUGGCACAGCUGGAGGAUGGCAAGUCCAGCGAGGCAGAGCCUGAGUUCCAGGAGGCCUGGGCUACAGACUCACUUCCAAUGCCCACCCCAGGGCUAGAGCCUCAUCAAGGAGCUGCUCUUGUGGCCAGUGAAGGAGCAGCACCAUCGCCAGAGGCAGAGCUCAAGUCCAGUACCCCCAAGGUCUCUGCUCCGAGCUCCACAGUACCUCUGUACAACCAGCGAGUGGGAGACAGCUGCUCCAUUCAUGUCCAUCUAGAAAAUCAAAGGCGAAUGGAGUAUAAGAACAUCGUGGUGACCUGCCAGGAUAGGGCACCCGCGGUCAUACGGAGGGCCUUACAAGAACACUUGCUCAAUGAGGAGGAUCCAGAGGACUUUGAGCUGCUUCAGAUUGUGUCGGAGCAUAAGAUGCUGAGGAUCCCUGCUGAUGGCAAUGUGUUUUAUGCCAUCAAUCCCCGCGUGGACUUUGAUUUUGUCCUCAGGAAAAGAGUCACCAGGAAGUGGGCCAACAGCAAGACAAAGGAGUUCUUGGAGUCCACUUCUUUGGUGACUCCCAGGAUACCACAAGCUGUGAGCAGCAGCUCUUCAGUGGCAGCCAGACCACUGCCCCAGGCCACUGAAAGCAAGGACUCCGGUACCAAUAGUGUCACCAACAGCAGUUCCCUACUGCCUCAUUACAACGAGCAGGCAGAAGACAGCAGCUUCAUACAGGUCCACCUGGAGGAGCAGACCAGGAGAAAUUCACAGCACAUCCUGUUGUCAGAAUCAACUUCUGAGGCCUCAGCCAUGGAGUGUACCAUCAGCCCAGCCUCCAGUCACAUCUCUUCUCAACAGGCUAGGCCCAACCCGACGGCCACAAAACACAUGAAGAAAUCCAGGGCCAUCGGAUACAUAACGGGCAGAUGCUCAUGGCCCCGGUCCAAGAAACAGGUGAAAGACAGCUGCCUCAUAAAUGUCAGACUGGAGCACCAGAAUGCAAAGGAUGGCAAGACUAUCCUGGUGACAUGCAACGACAGGGCUCCUACGGUCAUUCGCAGGGCCCUGGAACAUCACUUGCUGAUGCAGGAGAAGCCACAAGACUAUGAACUGGGACAAAUCAUCUCCCAACAGCACAAAAUGAAGAUUCCAAAGAAUGCCAACGUCUUUUAUGCGAUGAAGCCACAUGUCAGGAGAGACUUCAUCCUGAGAAAGAGGACCUAUCCUCAGGAUGAAAAGGAUGACUGGAUCCCUCCCCAACCUCCCUCUUAUGAGGCAACUCAGGUGCGACAUCACCGCUGGAACCUGUGGACAAGAAUCUGCUCCUGUCUCUCUGGGCAGUGCUAAAGCAUUGCAUCAUGGAUGAUCAAUGAGAUUGAUUUCUAAAAUGUUUACUCAUCAAUUCCAUACAUAAUUGGACCUUAAGUCUUUGUUAUUAAAAUAUGUUUCUGUAUUCUGA